AAGACUGUGAAACAAUCAAUUUUCAAGUUUACAAGUUGUAAUAAUGUUACUUCUGUCGACGGUCCUAGUAUUAGGCGGAGGUUAUACUGAUGAUGUGAGAUGCCGAUGACGAUGCGGAUGAGGAUGAAAAAAUCCAUCUUCACAUCACGUCAUGUUUAUAGUGACAAUGACGAUGAUGAUGUGAUGUGAGAUGAAAGCCCAAAAAAUUUCAUAUUACCAGCACAUUCUUCUUUAAUUCAUUUUUACGAUGAAACUUACUAGUUCGGAGUUUUAAUUGAAAAUAUUUAAUAUUUGAUGGUUUUUUUGAUUAUUGAAAUCAUGAAUUCCCUUAGGGGAGUUCUUUAAAAGUGGCUGCAGAGGAGGAAUGGAUAUUUAAUUUGAUCUCCCUGGUGGAGUCAAAAUUGGAGUUGUAUGAUAAAUCUCAUGCUCUCCACAGCAAUAAUGUUCAUAUUGCAGAGCAAUGGACAGAAAUUGCAGCAACUCUGAAACGCCAUGUUACUGUAGUGAAAGCAAUGUGGAAACAGCUACGUGAUACUUAUCGUGAGAAAAGAAAAGAAUUUCUGGCAAAUACACCAAGAUCUGGAGCCGGGUUACGGGAUCUGUACUUCCCUACUUGGAAAUUUUAUAAAAAUUUACAAUUUUUAGAUCCGUCCCUGAGAAAGCGGCAGAUGAUUUCAUCUGUUCGAAGUUCACAUUCUCAACCUUUAGUGACCAAUGCUAAACGUUUGCAAUCAGCUGCUCCAUUGAGAUCAUACUCUCAACCUGUACCUAGAACUACUCAAACUGUACCUAGGACUACUCAACCUGUACCUAGAACUACUCAAUCACCUCAACAAGAACCUGCAUCAGUGAUUAUUUCUCCUCGUACAGCAGUAGAUGAUACAAAUAGAAACAGUCCAAAUGUGGCAAAUGUUGCAUCAGUUCGCGGAAGUAAUGUUGUUAUAAUUUCGUCUUCCUCUGCUGUUCCUCCUUCGAAUAGUACUGUGAGAGACUCCAUACCAAGUGGUUCCAAUUACGUUCCACCACCCUCACAGAACCUUGAAGCUUUGAUGUCAGAAUCUGAGCAAGAUGAAGCAGAUUUCGAAACAUUGGAGCGGGAUGAAGAAUUAAAUGAAGCUUUACACGAUGCUCGUAUGUUCAAUGAGACACCAAUCAGAAACUCCCACCAAUCUCGUCAAGGUAAAAGGAACAACAAAUCUUCAGGAACCCUUGGCCAACUUUUUGAAAUAGAGAACAGAAAAAUGGAGUUCUGCCAGAAGCACUUAGAAGAUGCAGAUCGGCAAUUUCUUCUCAGCUUGGUUCCAGAGCUCAAAGCCUUGCCUUUAAGACAGAAGUCCCAAGCCAAAAUAGAACUCCAGCAAGUGUUACUGAAAUACGCACCACCAGAUCCAAACCAGCAACGGCAGCAACAGCAGUAACUUUGUUUAGUUUUUUGUUUUAGAUUUUAGAUAUAUAACUAAGUCGUUUUUUCAUCAUUCCAUUGAUAUUUGUUUAAGCAUUGUUUCGUUUUUCGUUUUUUAAAUGCGAAGUCAUUUUCUCAUCAUUUUAUUGGUGUUCGUUUAAGCACUGUUUCGUUUUUCGUUUUAGAUUUUAGAUACUAAAUAAUAUAAGUCGUUUUUCAUCAUUUUAUUGGUGUUUGUUUAAGCACUGUUUCGUUUUUCAUUUUAGAUUUUAGAUACUGAAUAUAAGUCGUUUUUUCAUCAUUUUACUGAUGUUUGUUUAAGCACUUCCGAUUUUAGUCCUUUUUGUAAAUUUUCCUGAAUUUCAAAUCAAUUUUAUGGGUACUAAAUUAGUCGUUUUUUUCCUUCAUUUUAUUAAUGUUUUUUCUAAGCAAUUUCAAUUUUAGUUUUUGUAUAGGUUCCUGAAUUUCAAAUCAAUUUUAUGGAUACCUACUAAAUGUAGUCGUUUUUUUCUUCAUUUUAGUAAUGUUUGUUUAAGCACUUCCGAUUUCAGUUUUUUUUGCGUAUGUUUCUGAAUUUCAAAUCAAUUUUAUGGAUACUAAAUAUGUCGUUUUUUCCUUUUUAUUUUUUUAACAAUUUAAUUUUUAAGCAUUUGAGAUAUUAGUCCCUGAUUUGUUUGCAACUAAGUAUCUACAUAUUCUUAAUUUUGAUUUCUGUAAUUAUGAAUUAUGAUUGUGUAGUUCAAAAACUUGAAGAAUAAAUAAAAAUAUAGUGGAUGAAAUCAUUGAAAUUUCAUGGGAAGUGUUUUCUCUUGUUCUCUUUUAUCUGUUUGAUAUAGGUAACGUAUUGAUUGAUGGCAGUUGUCCGGAUUUUUCUUAGAGUUCUGAAAGUUUCACUGUAGGCUCAGAGAAAGCUGAAUAAUUGACAUUGUAUUAUAUUAUUUAUGAAGAGACUACUUUAUUUGACAGAAAUGAAAAUUUUUCAAAAAUUCAC